AUGACAGGAUUCGUGUUUUGCUGCGCGGUGUACAUGGACAGAAGCAGCGCGCUCCGAGGUCCCUCCUCCUGCAGUCCCAGUCUAUUGACAAAGAGUCUUUCUGCGGAGCCUUCCUGUUCCCCCUGCAGCCACCAGGGGGUAUUGGAUGCAGAGCUUACCCAGACGCUGAGUACUGACCCAGGGCCUCAGUCCGGCUUGGGACCCCUGGAUGCCGUGGAAGUGCUGGAGCCUCAUCCUCUGGGCCCACCGGGCCGCUGCUGCUUCACCAACACAGUGAAUGAGGGUGGACCAUCAGAACCAGAGGGAGGCACUGCAGCACCUCCCCCCAGCAGGAGCAGGCCACCGGUAACUGGACCCAAACCACAAGUUCCGCCAAAGCCCCCCCACCUCCAGCAGCAUGCAGGGUGUAAGCCACGUCCCCGUGCCCCAGACAAGCCCCUCCCCCCUCCUCCACCCUGCCGACCUCUCCCAGUAGACCCACGGGGGGAGGGAACCUCCUCUCCUACCUGCGUGCUCUCCCUCAUCGAGAAGUUUGAGAGGGAACAGCUCAUUGUCGUUCCAGACAUUACGGGGGGUGGAGCUCUGUGUCCCAGACUGGAUUCUUCCUCUUGCAGUUCUCCACCUUUCUCACCAUCAUCAUCCCCAGCUCCCCUCCUUGCUGCUGACCUGCCCCUGGAGGUCAGGGGUAAAGAGAGUGAUGACAGCACAGCUGAAGAGGGGGAGUUAUCAGGGGGUUGUGGGAGGGAUGCUGACCACCGCCUCUCUAUGGAGUCAGGGUGCAGUGCCUCCGAAAAGCACCUCCGUGAAGAGGCGGUUGCUAUGGAGACCGCAGAUUACCAACUGCAGGCUGCUGAGAGCCAAUCAGAAAUCCCCUCUGAGCGCUUGUCCCUCCCCUCCUCACAGACGGAGGGGAAGCUGGCCAAUCGAGACAGCGGAAUCGACAGCAUCAGCUCCCCGUCACACAGCGAGGAGCUCUGCUUUGCCAGCGCGGAGGAAGGAGGUCUAGCUUAUUCCUGCAGCCCCGUCCUCCCACGCCUGUCCAGCUCCUCCUCCUACACGGGGGAGGGGGAGGUGCGUAGGGAGGACGGCGCUGGUGACUCUGAGGAAGGAGACAGUGACAUAGAGGAGGAAGAGGAGGAGCUUACAAUGGUUCUUCCUCCUGCCAAGACUAACAGACAGAACUCUACUGAGCUGUCUGUCCAGCAGAGGGUGUUUAACAUCGCCAAUGAGCUGCUCCACACAGAGACGGCGUACGUCUCCAAACUCCACCUGCUGGACCAGGUGUUUUGUGCACGGCUCCUGGAGGAGGCGCGUUCCCGUUCCUCCUUUCCCUGUGAUGUGGUUCAGGGAAUCUUCUCCAACAUCUGCUCCAUCUACUGCUUCCACCAGCAGUUCCUGCUGCCCGCCCUGCAGAGACGCAUGGAGGAGUGGGAUUCGAACCCGAGGAUUGGAGACAUCCUGCAGAAGUUAGCUCCAUUCCUGAAGAUGUAUGGCGAAUAUAUCAAGAACUUUGACCAUGCUCUGGAGCUCAUCAACACCUGGAUGGAUAGGUGUGCUACAUUUAAGACCAUCAUCCAUGACAUCCAGCGGGAGGAGCGUUGUGGGAAUCUGACCUUACAGCACCACAUGCUGGAGCCAGUCCAGAGGAUUCCUCGAUAUGAACUGCUGCUCAAAGACUACCUACAGCGCCUCCCACAGGAUGACCCCGACUACUGCGAUGCCCAGAAAUCUCUAGAACUCAUUGCCACGGCAGCAGAGCACUCCAACGCUGCCAUUCGGAAGAUGGAGCGAAUGAGGAAGCUGUUGAAGGUUUAUGAGUUAUUAGGAGGAGAAGAAGACAUCGUCAGUCCAACUAAUGAGCUCAUUAAGGAGGGUCACAUCCUCAAACUGUCCAACAAGAACGGCACAUCACAGGACCGAUACCUCAUCCUGUUUAACGAUAGGCUGCUGUACUGUGUCCCAAAGCUGCGUUUGAUUGGUCAGAAGUUUGGCGUGAGGGCUCGCAUUGAUGUUGAUGGGAUGGAGCUGAAGGAGAUGAGCAGUGUGCCGAGAACCUUCCUGAUCUCUGGAAAACAACGGUCACUGGAACUACAGGCCAGGACAGAGGAGGAGAAGAGGGAGUGGAUCCAGGCCAUCCAGACCACCAUCCAGAGACACGAGCAGACUGUGGAGAGUUUCAGACAUCUGAGCUGCUCAGUACGAGAUGACGAGUCUACACCUCCUCACUCCCCGGUAACACACCACUGGCCUCUGGUCUUCAUUCCUGAGUCUUGCGUAGAAUUGGGGAAACGUGCUCCGACUCCCAUCAGAGAGAAGGAGGUGACUCUGUGUAUGAAAUGUCAGGAGCCGUUCAACUCCAUCACCAAGAGACGACACCACUGUAAAGCCUGCGGACACGUGGUUUGUGGGAAAUGCUCCGAGUUCCGUGCACGUCUGUCAUAUGACAACAACCGAGCCAAUCGUGUGUGUGUCGACUGCUACACUGCCCUGGUGGGAGUCCCGCCCUCGCCCGCUGCCCUGACCAAUCACACGCAGAGGAGGCGCUCCAUCCUGGAGAAACAGGCCUCCCUGGCAGCAGAGAACAGUGUGAUGUGUAGUUUUUUGUACCAUAUGGAAAAAGGACGUGGCUGGCAGAAGGCCUGGUUCAUUAUUCCUGAAAACGAACCCCUGGUACUCUACGUCUACGGUGCUCCACAGGACGUGAAGGCCCAGCGCAGUAUUCCCCUGAUUGGUUUCGAAGUUUCUCUCCCGGAGUCCUGCGACCGUCUGGACCGACGUCACGCAUUCAAGAUUUCCCAGAGUCACCUGACCCUCUUCUUCAGCGCUGAGGGGGAGGAGCUACAGCGCCGCUGGAUGGAGGUCCUAUCACGUGCUGGCAAAGGGGAGGAACUGCAGGUCCAUGGACCCAUAGUGGAGAGUCUGGAAGAGGAAGCUGAGGAAUUAGCGGGAGCAACGGGGGAGAACACGUGAUUCCAUUGGAGGAGAUACAUAAAGGAGGGAGAAGACCUGGUUUCUGGACCCAAAUGUCUUUCCCUUCCCUCUGAUGUCUCCUGAGGUGGAGCUGCUGGCUGG